AUGGAUGCAUCUGAUUUUGCUAUUGGAGUAGUUCUUAGUCAAAACCAAGGAAAGGGUGAACAACCUGUUGCUUAUGAAUCUCGCAAGCUUUCUCCUGCUGAACAAAAAUAUGCUGUUCAUGAAAAGGAAUUACUAGCAAUUGUUCAUGCUAUUAAACUUUGGCAUAUUUAUCUUGAAGGUCAAAAGUUUACUGUAAUCACUGAUCAUGCUUCUUUCAAAUAUUCAAAUCUCAAAAUAAUCUUUCACGAAGGCAAGCUCGCUGGCUUGAAAUUUUACAAUCCUCCACCAUUGAUAUCAAAUAUAAGUCUGGAAAAACAAAUGUGGUAG